ACCACAUUCCAUUUUGCAGGGUGUCAAUAGAUUGUAAUCCUUUUGGAAAUCCAUUCUAAUUCUCUUGAAUUUUUACUGAACCCUAGAAACUUGAUUUCGGAUUUGCUCGAAUGGCUUCGAAGAGAAUAUUGAAGGAGCUCAGGGAUUUGCAGAGAGAUCCACCAACUUCAUGUAGUGCAGGUCCUGUGGCCGAGGAUAUGUUUCAUUGGCAAGCAACAAUCAUUGGUCCAAAUGAUAGUCCUUACUCAGGUGGUGUAUUUGUUGUGACUAUCCAUUUUCCACCUGAUUAUCCCUUCAAACCUCCAAAGGUUGCCUUCAGGACCAAAGUGUUCCACCCAAAUAUAAACAGCAAUGGUAACAUCUGCUUGGACAUUCUCAAGGAGCAAUGGAGUCCAGCACUCACCAUAUCCAAGGUUUUGCUGUCGAUAUGUUCACUACUGACAGAUCCGAACCCUGAUGACCCGCUUGUUCCUGAGAUUGCUCAUAUGUGCAAGAGUGACAAAGUCAAAUAUGAGUCAACGGCUCGGAGCUGGACCCAUAAGUAUGCCAUGGGAUGAAGUGAUAAACCCUAAGCCUAAGCUGUAUAAGUGAUUCAUAUAUAUAUGCGCCUCCUUUCUUAAUUACCAUUAUUAUUAAUACAUCCAGCUUCUCUA